AUGUCCACCUCCUGUGUAUGCAGCAUCUGCCUCUCCGACUUUGUUGACCCCGUUUGCACACCCUGUGGACAUGUCUAUUGCUUGAAGUGCAUCGCACAAGCCACCAGCAUUCAGCGCAAUGAAGGGUCAACGUCAACCAUAGCCCCAUGUCCUACCUGUCGCAAGUUGUUUUCUGUCGGUGACGACCCCCUCCCGCGCGAUUUCAACGACUACUCUGGCUACCCCCUCCGGAGGCUCUACGUGAAUGGAUUGCGGGUUAAUUUUGAGGAAAAGGUGAAGAGACUGGAGGAGCGCAUCACUAGUUUGGAAUGGGAGAAUCAUCGGCUGCGAAUGAAACACUUGUUGCUGCCACCUCGAUAUAUGCACCAGCAAAGUGAGAGGAACAGCCGGUCUGUGCCGUGGCUUGCACGUACACCUCGUACGGGUUCAGGGUCCCUGUCGUGGGUACCUCGAGAGGAGCGUAAUGCGUCGCGCAUGAGGUGGUUGGCGAACACAUUUAUAUUUGGAUUGAUGAUAUUGGCAGGGUCUAUUGCGGGUCUCGCCCUGUACGAUGCCUUCGGCAGAUACACUCGUUCCGUAUUGGAUUCUUUGAUAUCGGUCUAG